AAGCAACCAAGUUAAAAAAAAAAAAAAAAAAAAAACUCUUACGAAGAAAAUUCUUUUUAAUUAUUCAUUCCUUCUUCUUCUUCUUCAUCCUCCUCCUCUCUGUUUCCAUUUUUAAAGUAUAUAUUCGAGAAAGAAUCAAUCAUCUUCCUCAUUUCAAUCUCAAUUCGAGAAAGGAGUCAACGCCUCAACGAUCUGGAGGUUUCGAAUCGGGGAAUAAUAUUAGCUCAGAGUGUGUUUCGUUGAGGGCUUUGCUCAAUCGAGAUCCUUAAUUCAAGGGUUGGGUGGGUCAAAAAGGCUGGAUCUUUCUCUGGUGUGUAUCCUCAUCAAAUGAAAUAAGGAGGAUUCAUCUGUGAAGUUGCAAUGGAACGAGGAAGAAUGAUGUUACAAGGCUUCUUCUUUUGGCUCAUUCUGGUUUUGGAUUUGGUUCUCAGGACAUCAGGCAACGCCGAAGGUGAUGCACUGAGUGCUCUGAAGAACAGUUUAAGCGACCCUAACAAGGUGCUUCAAAGUUGGGACGCUACUCUUGUUACCCCUUGUACCUGGUUUCAUGUUACUUGCAAUCCUGACAAUAGUGUUACUCGUGUUGACCUUGGGAAUGCCAAUCUAUCUGGCCAGCUCGUGAUGCAGCUUGGUCAGCUCCCAAACUUGCAGUACUUGGAGCUUUACAGCAAUAACAUUACUGGGACAAUCCCAGAGACGCUUGGUAAUUUAACCGAACUGGUGAGCUUGGAUCUUUACUUGAACAAUCUCAGCGGUCCCAUCCCUUCAUCUCUCGGCCGACUAAAGAAACUACGUUUCUUGCGUCUUAAUAACAACAGCUUAUCUGGAGAGAUUCCAAGGUCUUUAACUGCUGUCUCGUCGCUGCAAGUUCUGGAUCUCUCAAACAAUCCUCUCACUGGAGAUAUUCCUGUUAAUGGCUCCUUUUCACUUUUCACACCUAUCAGUUUUGCCAACACCAAAUUGACUCCCCUUCCUGCGUCUCCACCGCCUCCCCUCUCUCCCACAACUCCAUCACCUGCAGGGAGCAAUAGAAUUACUGGAGCAAUUGCUGGAGGAGUUGCCGCAGGUGCUGCACUUCUAUUUGCUGUUCCUGCCAUUGCACUUGCUUUAUGGCGAAGGAAAACACCACAGGAACACUUCUUUGAUGUACCAGCUGAAGAGGACCCAGAGGUUCAUUUAGGACAACUCAAGAGGUUUUCAUUGCGUGAACUACAAGUUGCUUCGGAUAAUUUUAGCAACAAGAACAUAUUGGGUAGAGGUGGUUUUGGUAAAGUUUAUAAAGGACGGUUAGCUGAUGGUACUUUAGUGGCGGUUAAAAGACUGAAAGAGGAGCGCACACAAGGUGGAGAACUGCAGUUCCAAACCGAAGUUGAGAUGAUCAGCAUGGCUGUUCAUAGGAACUUGCUUCGGCUUCGUGGAUUUUGCAUGACUCCAACAGAGAGAUUGCUUGUUUAUCCUUACAUGGCUAAUGGAAGUGUUGCCUCCUGUUUAAGAGAACGUCCGGAGUCACAGCCACCACUUGAUUGGUCAAAGAGACAGCGUAUUGCGUUGGGAUCAGCAAGGGGACUUGCGUAUUUACAUGAUCAUUGCGACCCAAAGAUCAUUCAUCGAGAUGUGAAAGCUGCCAAUAUAUUGUUGGACGAAGACUUUGAAGCCGUGGUUGGAGAUUUUGGGCUCGCAAAACUCAUGGACUACAAAGACACACAUGUUACAACAGCAGUGCGUGGUACAAUCGGUCAUAUAGCCCCUGAGUACCUUUCAACAGGAAAAUCAUCUGAGAAAACUGAUGUCUUUGGUUAUGGAGUCAUGCUUCUUGAGCUGAUUACUGGACAAAGGGCUUUCGAUCUUGCUCGCCUCGCUAAUGACGAUGAUGUCAUGUUACUAGACUGGGUGAAAGGGUUGUUAAAAGAGAAGAAACUGGAAGCGCUAGUAGAUGUUGAUCUUCAGGGUAACUACAUAGACGAAGAAGUGGAGAAGCUAAUCCAAGUGGCUCUGCUCUGCACUCAAAGCUCACCAAUGGAAAGACCCAAAAUGUCUGAAGUUGUGAGAAUGCUUGAAGGAGAUGGUUUAGCUGAGAGAUGGGAAGAGUGGCAAAAAGAGGAAAUGUUCAGACAAGAUUUCAACUACCAAAACUAUAACCAACCGAACACUGGUUGGCUUAUAGGGGAUUCCACUUCCCACAUUGAAAACGAAUAUCCCUCUGGUCCAAGAUAAUAAGAUUCGUUACACUGAAUGCUUUCUCUUGUCUUUAUUUUUUUACUUCUGUAGGGUUUUAGUUUCUGCUGCUCCAUGUUGUGUUCUUAAGAGGGUACAUGCAGGAGGAUUCAGAUUGGGUUUGUAAGUUUUAUAUGAAAGGGAUUUGAAUGUUGUUGAAAGCUAAAAACCCAAAACAUGGCUUUACUUCUUGAGGAUUGUUUCUCACGUGAUUCACAUUUUGUAUCUCAUCAACUGUACAUGUUACACGUUUAUAUAUCGUUUUGGACA